CAGGUCGCAUUCAAUCACCUGGCGUCUCCCCCAUCCACUUAAUCAAAACCAGGACAUCUCAAAGUCUUCAACUUGGCCUGCUCAACUGCUUAUCAGCGACCGACUACUAACAAACAUCACUGUUUGUGUACACGCCAAAAGACCAAACUGUUCGGCUGUGCAAGAGAAGGAGGGGGAGGUGGGACGCACAUCUAUAAAGUCAUCGGGCUGCACAUAUGGGGCCACAUUAACAGAGAGACUCCAGACUGACGGCUCCACGCUCCUGCGUGAAUCUCCGAGGACGAUCACCGAAACACUUUGCGAAGGAGUGAUACACUGGAUGAAUAAUUUUUACACUUCUGGAGGAUUAUUAAUUUUCUUAAGCUGCAUUUUGUUUUUAGAAGAAGAGGCUGGAUAAUGGAUGUAUACAUUUUGAUUUCCGCGUUAUCAGUGAUGUACUCCUGGAUUUUGUGCACAGUGCUAUCAGCGCCUUCUGGAGAGACACCUACUGACUCCCCCGCCACCCAGGGGCGCCAUGUGCGGACCAAACGCUGCUCCUGCGCCACUUUCCUGGACAAGGAGUGCGUCUACUUCUGCCACCUGGACAUCAUAUGGGUCAACACGCCUGAGCGCGUGGUCUCUUACGGACUGGGCAACGCUCCCAGGACGAGGCGCGCGGUCGCAGAGUCCAUUGCAUCCAGCAGCGGACCUCGUUGCCAGUGUCUUCACGAGAACGACAACACCUGCAGAAACUUCUGCCGGCUUGAGAAACGCCCCAGGUAUGAAACAUCGCCAGACACGGUGAUCCGCUCUGCCCAGGGCGAUACUUGUGUUGGGGCUCAGUGCAAAAACAAGCUGGCAGCCGACACGGACAGGAUUAAGAGGAUGAAGAACAGAAACAAGAAACGGGUGUCACCUCUAGCAAUCGUGACUGCCUUGAAAACCCGCCUGCUGCUCGAGAAGUGGAUGGUGAGACAGCGUCACCGGGCGAGAGCAUGGGAGGGCGAGAGCACGGCCUCCUAAAGACAACAGAAACUCCUCACCUUGUCAUACAGAGGGGGAAAGGCUUUCAUAACCAUGGGCCCUUCUCUAAAGCAAUCGGCCUGUGGGGGAUCCCUGUGGAAGACAACGGAGAGCCCAAAAAAAGGCCGGCAAACACACUCCGUGGCUGCGGUGUCAGACGGUGUCUGCAGCAGAGCAGAGAGCAAUUACAACUCGACUUGACUUGCACGUCAUCAGAAAAGAGGAACGAGGUCAGAGACAAGACAGGGGGUUCAGGUGAAAGGAGAUAAGCUGAACAGAGGACUUUGCCACCAGGUCUGCAACAUCAAGGACAUUCAUUGAGCUUGUAGGUGUUCAGGGUCAAACUCAGUCACGGUGACUCCUUCGGACUCAAAAGCAACAACAAAAAAAACAUGCAUCUCAAAACAUUACUGGAAGGAUUUACUUUGAAUCCCUCUUGUUACAGAAAAUAAAAAUCACUGCUGUAUAUGAAUGAAGACAGUCCUACAUAUAUUUCAAAAUGCCAUUAUUUAUCUCACUCACAGUUGCAAAAAAAAAAAAAAAAAAAAAAGACUAUCGUGUCUGCAUAGAAGGGAUUUUUGUGCCUUGUGUCAUUUUUUUUCCACUGACUGAAACUAUUUACUGCAUUGUAUGUAACAGGUUGUCUUCUGUAUGUGAGGACACCGGUCUUUGUAGCUCUGAAGUACAGUAGCUGCUGGGAGUUAUUCAUGUGGACAUUAUUACGGAUUCCUUUACACUUAUCAUAAUUUAAUGUUUCACGAAAUAUGUUAUGUAUGUUGUUGCUUCUAUUUAUUUAUUUUUUGUACACAUUGUAAUUUGUUCACCAUAUUGGUCUGUCACAUGUUUGGUUUGUCAUUUCUAUGAAAUGUUUUUGUCACCAUGGUCCCAAAUUUUGGGCACAUUUAAAUAAAUGUGUACACGCUUAUUUAAAAACAA